UUCCCAGGUGACGUUCACAUGCUCCUUGCGUACACCCAAGCCAGCAGGGUUAGUGAGGGGCUCCAGGGCUGCGAUCCACACCGCAGUCACCCUGGACAGGGAAGGGCAGUGGUCUGGGUUCACCCCCUGCCCAGGGCUGAGAGCGGGGGAGGGGGGCCGAGGGAGGCUGGGGAUGUCCCAGACCUGCACCCAAAUCUCUCUGAGAUGUAACGUGCAAGCGUCCGGCACUACAACUCCCAGCAGGCAAAGCGAGUUUUGUCCCGGAUGCCAGCGGCGACGGGACCGAUGAGGAAUUGACUAGGGCGGCCAUCUUUGUGAGGGGCGAGCUGCCACCUUCCCCGCUGCGGCGGCCAUCUUUGUGUGGGGGCGCUUUUCGCCCUUCGCUCCCCCGACUUCUUAUUUUCUUGAAUCAGCCGGCGGCCCGAUGGAAGGUGGAGGGGCCGGCCGGGGGCGCGCAGGCGCAGUAAGUGGGCGGCGACUGCCCGCCGGGCUGCACAAUGGGGCCGCUGGUGGCGUGGACGCUGCGAGUGGCUGCCUGGUCCCAGCUGGUUCCCAGCCCGGGGAGCAGCGCCGCAGAUGCAAAAUGGAAACAUUUCAUUGGCCAGAUUGACAGAGCAGUGGAGAGCUACAGACCAUGUAUAAGGGAGAACUGCAGCUGCUACCAAAGUGUUAGGGAGCAGGACUUGGCUCCCUUUCAAGGAGGCAUCUCCAAGGACCUGCUGUCCGAUGUGGUUAGCCGGAAGCUUGGGACGCACUACCAGAUCAUCAAGAGCAAGUUGUACCGUGAGCAUGACUGCAUGUUCCCUGCUAGAUGUAAUGGGGUCGAACAUUUCAUUCUGGAGAUCAGCAGCCGUCUCCCAGACAUGGAGAUGGUAAUCAAUGUGCGAGAUUACCCCCAGGUCCCCAAGUGGAUGAAGCCAGUCAUGCCAGUAUUCUCCUUCAGCAAGACUUCUGAGUACCAUGAUAUCAUGUAUCCCGCCUGGACGUUUUGGGAAGGGGGACCAGCUGUUUGGCCAAUUUACCCGACAGGUCUUGGGCGCUGGGACUUAAUGAGAGAGGACCUCCGAAGAUCUGCAGAAAAAUGGCCGUGGAAGAAAAAAAUCUCCAAAGGAUAUUUUCGAGGAUCCAGAACAAGUCCUGAGAGGGAUCCCCUCAUUGUUCUGUCUCGAGAGAACCCAGAACUCGUCGAUGCUGAGUACACUAAAAACCAGGCCUGGAAAUCUGAAAAAGACACACUUGGGAAACCGCCUGCGAAGGAAAUUCCUCUGGUCGAUCACUGCAAAUACAAAUACCUGUUUAAUUUCCGAGGGGUAGCAGCCAGUUUCCGCUUCAAACACCUCUUCUUGUGUAGCUCAUUGGUCUUUCAUGUAGGGGAAGAGUGGCUUGAGUUCUUCUACCUACAGCUGAAGCCUUGGGUACAUUACAUCCCAGUCAAACCAGACCUCUCUGAUGUCAGGGAGCUGUUGCAGUUUGUGAAGGAAAAUGAUGAUGUAGCACAAGAAAUUUCAGAGAGGGGGCACCAGUUCAUCAUGGACCACUUGCAGAUGGAGGAUGUCUCUUGUUACUGGGAGACUCUGCUGACUGAAUACUCUAAAGCCCUGACUUACAAAGUUAAGAGGAAGAAAAACUAUGAUGAGAUUGUCUCCAAACACUUGAAAACAGAACUUUAAAACCAUUGUGGUUCUCUUUCCGAUUCAAGGCCUGGGACUGGUGGUCACUGAAAAUCCAAAAACGAGUGUACCUUCUGUUACUCUUCUUCCCUUAGGCCUGGUCUACACUACGCGUUUAAACCGAAUUUAGCAGCGUUAAACCGAUUUAACCCUGCACCUGUCCACACAAUGAGGCCCUUUAUAUCGAUAUAAAGGGCUCUUUAAACCGAUUUCUGUACUCCUCCCCAAUGAGAGGAUUAGCGCUGAAACUGGUAUUGCCAUGUCGGAUUAGGGUUAGUGUGGCUGCAAAUCGACAGUAUUGGCCUCCGGGCGUUAUCCCACAGUGCACCAUUGGACCGCUCUGGAAAGCAAUCUGAACUCAGAUGCACUGGCCAGGUAGACAGAAAAAGCCCUGCGAACUUUUGAAUUUCAUUUCCUGUUUGCCCAUCAUGGAGCUCUGAUCAGCACAGGUGGCGAUGCA